AUGCAAACGCCCUUCAGGCCCACACUAGACGCUGAAAGGAGUGGGCAUGUUGAGUAUGGCCAUUCCAACAUAAAAACAAAUGAUGCGAGGUCAUGCGGCCGGCGGCCUUGUGGAUAUUCUCCCGACCAAGAACGACGCAUCUCACAACGAGAGAAGCAAGUUUCGUACGGUUACGCUACCGAGGGGUACCGCAACAUGAUAAAAUUGGUACAACACGACCCUCUGUUGAAAGGUGGAGGAAUCCUACCGCUUUCACCGCCUGAUCUAAAUAAAGGCAGCAAGCGUUCCUGGGAUGUGUCAUUGCGCAAGUGGCGCCGAGCACUGCACAUGUUUGACUGUGUGUAUAUUGAUGGUGAAGAUGAAGGCAUUAAAACACUUGAUGGUGUGGUGGAGAAGCAGCGACUUCAGUGGGUGAGUCCAACUUUUUUAAACGAGUCAAAGGAGAAACGACUGCAGCUGUCCGGAGAGAAAAUACGAAAUGCGCGCAACUCGUCCUACGUUCCUACGAAGCUUCCUGUAGAGGAAAGUUUGAAAAUCAUCUUGCGAAGUGAGGACUGUUACGAGCCGGUAAGCAACGUUGUGCCGCCGUCGGCGUCUUCACUCAUUAAAGGAAAUGAUGUUUCCCCGCUGGACGCAGGUAUCAAGAUAUAUGUUGCACCGUCCGCACACAAUCAGCUGGUCUCUACGCCUGACAAACCUGAAGGGCCUUCACAUAGUGAAACACCCCAGAGGCUCGAUUAUAGUAUUUCCACGCCUGCUCAAGUGGGUAAGUCGCCCAGUGCUGCUCAAAUUUUGUCAAUGCCUUGCAGUGGUUUUCAGGCCCAUCCCGGUGAAAGCAUACCAAGGUGUGCUGUUUCACCCUUUUUGCAGCAUGAUCCCAAAAGUGGUACUCCCUUUACAUGCUCCCACCGGCCACUUCACUCGACUACUGGCAUGAAUUUGCAGCCGAUUUCGCAAGAAUGGGAUUGCAUUUUUGCACCCCCAUCGUGCGUUGGCCUACCUACGCAUGUGUCCCCCGCAUCAUCUGGUUUGGCGAAGAUGUGCACGCCUGCUACCGCCCCUCGCCGGGUUACUCUUCUUCAGGGCAGUGGAAAGGAAAAGAAACUUGGGGGUGGAGAAAGCUUGCAGCGAAGCCUUUUUCCCAACGCUACAACGCCUUGUUUCCACCGUGGUUCCGGAAUGAAAAUGGACAACCCAGGAACGUCGUCAGAAAGACGUGGUGUGAGCCACGCAUCAGUCAUAGAACACGGGAAAAUUGAGCAUCCGGUCGUAGAUUCCGUUUCGCAGCAGCUAUUUGCAGAAAAAUAA